AUGGCCAAUCCAGAGUCCGGCUGCGCAGGACCGGCGCUGGCCACUAACGAGCAAGAUCGAACAUCCAAGAAGCAGCAGACGGGUACUUUGCAGCGCGAGGUGGAUCAGCUAGACUUUGACAUCACAGAGCUUGGAGACUCCGUGAAGGGCUUGAGCAAGGACAUCACCAAGCUCACGGCCGACCGGGAAGAGUCGGAGAAGUUGCGCCAAGCCGAAAAGGAGGAGAACGAAGACGCGAUGAAGGAUGCACAGGACAGAGAGCACUCGCAGAUCCAGGCUAAGCCAAGUGCUGAAGGAAAGAUGGAGGUGGAUGUGAAGAAAGAGAAGAAAAAGAAGGAAUACGGCAAAGAAGCCCUCCCAAACCUGAGGGCCGGCUUCGGUGCGCCCCCGGGUCUGGAAAAACAGACCAGAGAGACAAUGCCGCCCGCCCAGAGGAGGCCGCAGCAAUGA